ACUAAGAAACAACUCAACUUGUUGUUUUCUCUUGGUCAUACAUUUUUGUAUGUUUAUACUCAUGUAGAAUAAUCCAAGACUUGCCCACUUUUUAUUCCCAUCCACCACAUAUACUUACAAUUCCCAUUUUUGUAUAUUAGAAUGGAUAGAGAUUAGACCAGAGCACUCUGUUUUCUCAUAUUAUUCCAUAUUCAUUCUUUAUUUGUCUCCAAAACACAACUAUUUCUAUACUGACAAAACCAACCACUUUGAAUUCUCACUACACAAUUUCAUGUUUUAAUAUAAUACUCUUGCUUCUGCCUCGACAAGAAUUUCAUUUUGCCUUAUCUGAACCACUUUAAAAACAUGUCCUUUGGAGCAGAGGAGCUUUUGAGACAGACCCCUGUUUCUUGAUUUUUUAAAAUUUUGUGAGAUUUCGAAAAAUCUUCAAGGGGUUUUCUGGGUUUUUGGUGUUUUAAAAACCCACAUGUAGAGUUGGAUUUGGUGCUGUUUUUCACUGUUGUUCAACAGAAGUGUUAUACUGUUUAUGGCAGGGAUGGUUCUAGAGGACGGAUCGCCAUCUGUAAGCUCACCGCUUCAGUUUUUCUCCCUAAUGUCUCUUUCACCUGGCAUUGGAUCACCUUAUCCAUGGCUUAGAGAAAUGAAAUCAGAAGAAAGAGGUUUAUAUCUAAUCCAUCUCCUGGUUACAACAGCCAACCAUGUAGCUGCUGGGAGUAUUGAGAAUGCCAAUAUGGGCCUUGAGCAAAUCUCACAUCUAUCUUCUCCUGAUGGAGAUACAAUGCAAAGAAUUGCUGCUUACUUUACUGAGGCACUAGCUGAUAGGAUGCUUAAACGCUGGCCCGGAUUGCACAAGGCCCUCAACUCAACCAAGAUAACUUCAGUAUCUGAAGAAAGGCUUGUUCAGAAAUUGUUUUUUGAGUUGUGUCCUUUUUUGAAGCUCUCAUAUGUGAUUACGAACCAAGCAAUUAUAGAAGCUAUGGAGGGGGAAAAGGUUGUGCACAUAAUUGAUCUCAAUUCCGUUGAGCCUGCCCAGUGGAUUAACCUGCUUCAGUUAUUUAGUGCAAGGCCUGAAGGUCCGCCUCAUUUGAGGAUAACAGGAAUUCAUGAACAGAAGGAGGUACUGGACGAAAUGGCUCAUCGAUUGAAUGAAGAAGCUGGAAACCUAGAUAUCCCUUUCCAGUUCAAUUCUAUUGUAACCAAAUUGGAGAAUCUUGACAUUGAAAGCUUGCGUGUGAAAACAGGAGAAGCUGUUGCAGUCAGUUCUGUACUUCAACUACAUCAUCUCCUUGCAUUUGAUGAUGAGAUGCUUCGAAGAAAUUCUCCCUUGGUAAACAAAGGUUUUAGUUCGAUCCACAUGCAGGCAGCUCUGCAAAACAAUACGCAUACUUUGGGAGAUUUUCUUGAGAAAGAUAUGAUGAGUGGAUAUACCCCAAGUCCUGAUUCAACAUCAUCAUCUCCCCUAUCUCUAGCCAGUGCACCAAAGAUGGUGAUGUUUCUUAAUGCCCUUUGGAGCCUUUCACCAAAGCUAAUGGUAGUCACUGAGCAAGAGUCGAAUCACAAUGGAUGUAGUCUCAUGGACAGGAUCUAUGAAGCAUUGAAUUUCUAUGCUUCACUUUUUGAUUGUCUGCCAUCUACUGCAUCUAGGGUACCAGUAGACCGCCAAAAGCUUGAGAAGAUGCUGUUUGGAGAGGAAAUCAAGAAUAUCAUAUCCUGUGAAGGGCUAGAGAGAAAGGAGAGACAUGAGAAGCUUGAAAAAUGGAUUCCAAGGCUUGAGAUGGCUGGCUUCGGGAGAGUGGGAUUGAGCUACCAUACUAUGAUGCAGGCGCGAACAUUGUUACAGAGUUAUGGGUACGAGGGGUUUAAAAUUAAAGAAGAGCAUGGCUGUUUAGUAAUGUGCUGGCAGAAUCAACCUCUGUAUUCAGUCUCAGCUUGGAGGUUUAGGAGGUACAGCUGAAUGCUACUCAGGCCAAACUCUCAGUUUGCUUGUCCCCUCUCUUUCUCGCUUACUGUAUAAACAACUUCAUGCUUUCUUUUGCUGUCAAUGGGUCUAGUUUUUAUGUAAAGAAGCUUAAGAAUAUCUUCGCUCUUCACUCUCCGUUCCUGACUUACUAACAGCAUAUAUUUUGGCCUUGUGUAUCAGGAUCUAGAGUUUGUCAUUUCA